AUGGCGACCAAGCCGGUCAUCGUCGGCGACCUCAUCCACCGCGUCGCCUCCUCCUGCCUCUCCAACCGCCUGCCCUGCAACUACACCCUUCGCGACUCCAUCGACAGCAACCUGGACGACGACGACGACAACCCCUUCGCCGACGCCAUCUUCAGCAGCGAGAAAUGCUGGCGGUCCCCGCCCGCUGCGGAGGUGGAGGAAAUCAAGGAAGAGGAGGGGGAGGAGGAGGAGGAGGAGGAGAAGCUCAAGAUCUGGGAGGAUGGGGAGCAGGAGCAGGAGAGGCUGGCCACCGCGGCCAAGGGCGUCGAGCGCACCCGCGACGCGAACGCGCUGAUGGCGGAGGGCGCGCACUGCCCCUGGGACCCCGACAAGAUGCGCGCCACGGACGCGGCCGUCGUCGCCGAGCUCCGCCACCUCGCACGCCUCCGCGACCGCUUCCGCCGCUCCGCCGCCGCGGGCCACAUCCCAUGCCCAAACCCUUCCGCGCCGCCCCUCCACGAGGUCGUGGCGCCGUACGAGGCGGCGCUCGAUGACCUCCAGCGCCAGCUCCAACCCAAGCAGGCCAAGGUGGACGGGCUCAAGAAGAAGCUCGCGGUGGCCACCAGCCGCCGUAACGGGCGCCACCACCACCACCCGCUCUCCAAGCAGAAUGGCCCCGACGGCGGAGCUGUUCAUCUCCUGUGCCGAGCAGGCCCGCGCGGCGACGCGGGCGUUUGUAGGGCACCUCGUGCACCUGAUGCGCGCCGCGGGGCUGGAGCUCGCGGCGGCCACUCGAUCGCUCACCAAGAUCCCGGUGUACUCCCCGCAGCUGGCCAAGCACGCGCUGGACAUCACACGCGCCCUCCUCGGCGGCUUUCAGCACGAGUCCUUCUACCUGGACGGCUCCCUCUCGUCGCUGCUGGACCCCGCCGCGUUCCGGCAAGAGGUCGAGCGAGGAAGGGAUAA